AUGGAUAGAGAGACUGAAUUCAACAAUGAAACCCUCGCGAGUUUACCGAUGACUAAGAAAUUACAAAAUUUAGUUUAUCUGACUUUUCUACUUAUUGGUGUAGGAUUGUUAUGGCCAUGGAAUAAUAUAUUGAGUGCUACGUUAUUCUUUCAAAAUAAUAUUUUUAAUGAGACAACAACAUAUGCAAAGAUCUUUACUAGUUCAAUGAUGACUGUGUCAACCUUAACGUCACUGUUGUAUAAUAUUUAUUUGGAGAGAAGACAAUAUUCUUAUGUUGCAAGAGUGGCAAGAGGUCUUAUUUGGCAGUUUGUUACAUUUCUGUUAAUUACCCUAUCUUGUGCUUUUUCGAAGAGCACAGGGAUGGACUUUGCGUUCAUUUAUAUUAUGAUUCUAAUAUCGAUCAGUGCCAUUUCUACCGCUUGGACACAAAAUGGUAUAAUGGCAAUUGCCAAUGUAUUUGGACCAGAAUAUAGUCAGAGUGUCAUGAUGGGACAAGCUGUAGCAGGCGUCUUACCAUCCGUCGUAUUAUUAAUCGUAUCCAUUGGGAAGACCGAUGAUGACACAAAUAAUGGUAGUAAUAAAGGAAUUUAUUUCUACUUUUUGACUACAUCUAUAGUUUGUGUUUCUUGCCUUUUACUAUUCUACAAUAUGAAAAUAGAUGAGAGAUUUGCUAACAUUUCAAACAAUGACGCAACCGAUGAAGAUACAGUUAAUGAAAGACAACCAGUUCCAUUUAGUGUUUUAUAUUCCAAAUUGAAAUAUUUAGUGUUGUCAAUUAUUACAACAUUUAUUGUAACGUUAAUAUUCCCUGUGUUCGGAGCUAACAUUUUUGUUACAGGGUUACCUAUGUCAAAUGUACAAUUUAUCCCAUUAAUAUUUACAAUGUGGAAUCUGGGCGAUUUGGCUGGUAGGUUUAUUGCAAAUUGGAGGAUGUUCCGUGAUCCAGCGUUCACACCUUACAAGAUAUUUGUAUAUUCUAUAGCACGUAUUGCAUUCAUUCCAUUUUUCUUUUACUUUACAAUCAAAUCUCGUACUACCAAUGAAGAUGGCCAAAGGGUGCACUCUGCAGUGUUAGACCUAGAAUAUAUCUUAUUGCAAUUUCUGUUCGGGGUCACCAAUGGUCAUAUCAUCUCCAUGAGUUUCAUGAAAGUUCCAGAGUCUUUAUCCACAGAUCAAGAAAAGGAGGCUGCCGGUGGGUUCACAAGUAUAUUCGUAUCUACAGGUCUUACUGUCGGUAGCAUCGUUAGCUAUGUAUUUGCCUUUAUGAUCAGCAACAUCACCAAAGAAUAA